GGUGAGGGUGAGUGGCAUCGGGUAAGCGGCGAUAUAGCCCGCGUGGUUAGAUAUGUACAUUUUACGUGUGUUUGGAGUUUAAAAUGAACCCUUUCAUUGCGGUAUGACGAGACUAGGCAGUUAAAACUGUUAUAAGAGAAGAAUGGAUGGAAAUAUGAUCGGCCCGGGUCCCUACAGGGCAACAAAGUUGUGGAAUGAAACGGUCAAGCUUUUCCGUGGAGGAAUGCCGCUACGAAGACACUGGGCGCAUUUUCGGUGUUAUGAUAACAGUUUCACGGGGUCUGAAGGCAUUGAUUAUCUGCACGAACUACUAAAGCGGAACCAGAAUUUUGGGCCUGAGGUGACCCGUUAUCAGUCUCUCCAGUUGCUGAGGAAGUUUCUUAAGAACCAUGUUAUUGAAGAUGUUAAAGGACGUUUUGGUAAUGAGGACUUUGAUGACAAUGGACGUUUGUACAGAUUUCCACCACAGUCACCUCUCAAGCCCCUUCCUCAGCGUGUGCCUAUAUCACAAAGACAUUUUAUUCCUCCAAUCCCACGCUGGGAUGACUGUGAAGUGAUGCAAGGGCCCGAAAAGAUACCCAUGAAGCCUCUUGUUUUGAAUUCAGAGUCUUGGAACAAAAGGCAUAGUAUUGCUAUAGGGGAAGUGCCCGAAUGCAAGCUGAUUCGGAGAAAAGAGAUCACACCAAAGCAUGUGGACCAGAUAUGGACAUCGAUGACAUUAGCCCACUUACAGAGUGUUUUGGGGCUCCAGUCUUUAGAUGGGGUUCUCGAUGCCAAACUCCUGAGCCCAAAACACAUUGUUCAUAAUGUAUUCAGAGUCAACAAACAAGGCAUUGUCAUUCUGAAGAACAAGUCAGAUGAUUUACCCCACUGGGUAUUAUCUGCAAUGAAAUGCCUGGCAAACUGGCCAAAUGGAAGUGACAGCAAGCAGCCGAUGUAUCCUGGAUUUGAGCGAGAUGUCUUUAGAACGGUUGCAGAACAUUUUCAGAGAUUAAAAGAGCCGCUGUUGACAUUCCACCUGUAUGAAAUUUUUGUCAGCAUCUUGGGACUUCUUCCAAGAGAGCAGAUUGCGGUCGAAGCGUUGCAGGUGUGCUGCCUCCUCCUGCCGCCAGCCAACCGCCGCAAGCUGCAGCUGCUAAUGCGCCUGAUGGCUAAAGCUUGCCAUAACCAUGCUCUCCCUCCACUCAAUGAUGCCAUAGGAACUCGUACCCUUAUGGUCCAGACCUUCUCCCGCUGCAUUUUAUGUUCUGCAGAUGAAGUGGAUCUGGAUGAGCUGUUGGCUACCAAGCUGGUUAACGUCAUGUUGGACAACCAUGAGAAUGUCCUGAAGGUCCCUGCUGAGCUGCAUAGAUCUGUGGAAGAGCAUUUGUCCCAUCUGCGAAGGGCUCAGAUAAAGUAUGCAGGUGCAGACACAGACUCGGCUGUGGACUCCCCACCCCACACUUACUGCAGGCAAAUCAGCAGAGAGGAGUUUGAAGAGCAGAGGGUCACAGCCUCACAGAGAGCUGUUGUGGAACUACUGGAAGGCAUUAUUCAAGACAAGUUGAUGUCACUAAAGGACAAGAAGAAGAAGUUAAAACAGUUCCAGAGAUCCUAUCCCGACAUCUACUGUAAACGCUUUCCUACGCCUGAGAGCGAAGCCGCAGUGCUUCCAGAGAGGCCUCAGCGGCUCAAACCUCAACUGAUGUUUCUAACACUAAAGAAGCCUCUGCAACCCUUCCAGAGAAGCUGGAGUUUUCGUGCUUGAAAAUAUGGUUCUUCAUAAACACACCAAGUGUUGUAAGAAACUGUCUACAGACUUAAGAGCUGAUAUGAUCAGCCUGUCAUCUUUAAAAUGUAAUGGUUUGUUUCAGGCAUGUGACAUAUAAACCUACUGUGGGUGAUGACCAGCCA